AUGACGAAGGACCACAGUCUGUCGAGCCGAGGAGGUUCGUUUUCUUCGGAAAAUCAAGAACCCAUUGAUCCACGUUCACUGGAGUGGGAUGGGCCCAGUGAUCGUGACAAUCCACACAAUUGGCCCACUUGGAGAAAAUGGUUCACUACAAUGACCGCUGCUGUUCUGUGUCUCGUUGUGACAAUGGGAUCCUCACUUUACGUGAACGGUGUCCCCGAAAUGGUCGUGAGAUAUCACUACAGUCAAACUCUAGCGCUUGCGGGUCUCACAUUCUAUUUGCUCGGACUUUCUACCGUGAUAGGCGCACCUCUCAGCGAAGUUUUCGGACGCAAACCCAUUUAUCUCGUUUCAUUGCCGGUUUCAAUGUUGUUCACGAUGGGAGUUGCGCUGUCCAAUGGCCACAUGCGGAUCGUCUUGCCCAUGCGGUUUUUCUCUGGUGUUUUUGCUUCUCCCGCGCUUUCGGUUGCAUCCGGAACCAUUGUCGACAUUUGGGACAUGGACGAAAUAUCCAUCGCUAUGGCUUUCUUUUGCUUAGCUCCCUUUUUGGGUCCAAUUAUUAGUCCUGUGAUUGCAAGCUUUGCUGCCGAAAAGCAAGGCUGGAGAUGGGCCACGUACAUUCAGUUGUUUGCCGGUGGAAUGAUCAUGCCAUUCAUAGUUUUCAUGUCUGAGACUCAUAAGACCGUCAUUUUAACGAAAAGAGCCAAGAAACGGAAAAUGAAUCUCAUAACUCCAUCUAAAGAAGACCAAAAAAAAUUUUUAAAGCUUACUUUGACGAUCACAGUUUUUCGACCUCUAAAGAUGUUGGUUGUUGAACCUACCGUGCUUGUGUUCUCAAUCUACGUCGCAUUUAUUUUUGCUGUUCUUUUCGCAUUUUUCGAAGCAUACCCUGUCAUUUUCCGUGGUGUUUACCACAUGAGUCCCGGAUUGGCUGGAUUGGCAUUUUUGGGUAUCGGUGUUGGGCUUUGGAUAGGUGCUGUUUUCUACAUCAUAGUCGAUCGUCGGUUAUUCUUCCCACCUCCGCCAGAGGGAACAGAGCCGCUUCAGUCGGAAGUUUCCAAUAGAACAAGGCCUUACCGUGGAUUUAGAGAUCCUCAAACAAAUGAACUUUUGCCCAUGAAACCCGAGAAACUUUUGCUCAUUUGCAAAGUUGGAUCCAUUGCGCUUCCUAUAAGUCUAUUCUGGCAAGGCUGGACUGCAAGGGAAAAUGUACAUUGGAUGGCUCCUCUAGCAGCCGGUGUUCCAUUUGGGUUUGGUCUUAUUCUGAUUUUCUUCACUGUCAUAAUGUAUUUUUCCACAAUUUAUCCCCCAUUAUAUGUGGCAUCUGCAUUGGCCGCGAAUAACAUGCUGCGGUAUGUGACUAGUUGUGUGUUCCCCUUAUUCACGAUUCAAAUGUAUGAAAAGAUGCAUAUUAGCUGGGCUAGCUCCUUCUUUGCUUUCGUUUGCAUUGCCAUGGUACCUGUUCCAUGGAUUUUCGAAAGAUACGGUGAGCAAAUGCGUAAGCGGUCCACCUUUGGGUUUGAUGCCUUGGCUGCGGAAAUGGAAGACGACAGGGCAUCUCAUAGGUCACGUCGUUCUAGCACCAUUGGGAGACCAGGAAAAUCGGCAGAUUUGAAGCAAGUCUCAACUAAAGAGGGUCAAGAUCAUAAAAGCCUCACGGACGCUGAAUUAAGUUACUUCCACAAUCUAUCCGAAAAUGAGGUUCCAAAUACAGCGGACACAAGCGGUGAUGAAAAAUAG